GAUCGUGAUAAAAUUAGGCCUAAGAUGGUGCAUGAAAUUGAAGGAGUAUUAUCAAGAUUCGGUAAAAUGGAAACCAUUGGUAUCUUAAUAGCUCCAUCAAAGAAUCAUUUUACUCAGAGAUCAAUAGAUAGAGUUGAAUCGUCUGAAUUCAAUCUUAUCCUUACAGACGAACUGUAUUUGAAUUUAGAUUUAAUUCAAUUUGUCGAGAAUAAAUGA